AUGCGCAAGUCCAGACAUUUCCGUUUGCUAGCCAGGUGCAGAGCAGAACGGAGGCUUCAGGGCCUGCGGCGCCGAAACCAACGAAACAGGCAGGAUGAGAUCCUGCGCAAGGCGCUCUCUUACAGGACACUGCUGUGGCGUAUUCCGCAAUCAUGCAGACAAGUCAAGGACAUCCUGUUCUGGAAAGGCUUCUUACAAAAGCUGGUUUGGCGGCUAGGGGAUUUGGAGGAGCGUGUGCAGGCGAAACAGCCGCCAGCUCGUCCAAGCUUCAAGACGGUUGCAGAGUCCCCCGAGGAGAAGCAAUUGGUAGACAGCGCGCUAAACAAGCACAAGUUGAGUCGCCAUCCGGGUGAGGUCAUUUGUGUGAGAUUCAAUGCUGAAAUAAGCCGACGCCACUUGUCCUGCUUGCUGCCAGACCAGUGGGUGAAUGAUGAGGUGGCUGGAUUGCUCGAUUUUGCACCCGAACACUACGAAAGUGACACAAAUGAACAAUAUAAUAGCAAUUGCUUUGACCAGAUUGUUUUGCAUGUGACGCCACCGCAGUAUUUUGAAUUGGGGGGAAGGGUGGCGUUAGAUGAACGCGCCUUGCACGCGCCUUGA